AUGGACACCUCAAAUGGCGACUUUGAAGCCACAGAUCAUGACGCCGUGGUGCGUAGGGUGCGACCAUGGCUUUAUGCGUCGAACAGAAAGCUUCGGCAUCUGCACGGAAUCUCUGUCCGCAAUCUGACCGUCACCCCACCAUCAAGUCGCGCUCGCGGAAAAACGAUCAACGACGAUGACAUUCCCAAUACUCUUACGUCACCGUCGAAACUUCAGGCUCAGAAUGAGAGCCGCCCCCUACAACCGUCGCGAUCUUUUACAGAUCUUGCGUCUCGUGGGGCUUCAGAUAGCCGCACUGGCAAACGCCCUGAGCUGCGUGGUUCAAGACGCCGGAGUCUGCUUCCUUGGAACGAUCCGAAUCCAGUACGACGGCAAUUGCGCCUUGAAGACAUUACGCUCAGUCGCAUGGCAGACAUAUUCUUCUCAUUGCACUUUGAUGGGAUGAAAGAACCGAUCUUUAUCAGUGAAGUGGUUGAAAAGGCGACGAAUCCGAACUUUCAGGCCUUUGACCUGAACGCCUGUGGUCCGACAGUUUCUCGUUCAGACUCGGUGACCUUGAAGCUUUGGGUCAAGACUGAAUCGAUGCCGGAAUAUAUACAACUAGUAGAGUUGCGGCAAAAUACGCGCUCGUUGCAAUUCCUUGGCAGAACACUAGAUGAUUUCCACCAGCCUCUUCCGGCCAACUGUGUUUUGUUCCAUUUUCCAGAUGGCGUGUAUACAAGUCUCACUGAUAUAUCCCCAGUUGAACCGCCAUUUUCUGGGGUUGGUCAGAAAGGUACCGCGGAGAACAAUACCUUGCCGACAUCAUCCUACGAUGCGCUGAUGCGGCUGGCAAAUUUGGAUGAGUGUAUACAGGAUGCGCUGGCAACGCGCGAAAGGCUAGAGGCCCAAAUUGGCGAUAUUCUGCAGAGCAAUGAGUCCGCAUUGAAGACAGAAAGUGAGUCAGCGCAAGCGCAGGAUCGUCUCGCUUUGGUCCGGCAGGCCGUGGCCAACGAGCGCAAACAAAUACGAGCGGCAAACAAGCGCAAGGAGGAGCUAGUCGCCAGCAUCAAGGCUCGCCAAAGCUUCAUGAGCCAAGGCCGCAUCCACCAAGAGCGAGCUCAAAGCCAUCUCCCGGAUGCCAGAAACAAACUUGCAGGGAGUGAAAAGUUACUGGCGCAAAAUGCAGAGGAAAGUAAGGGUCAGAUCCGUCGCAUUGCUGAGGACUUAAUGGCAAUAUACCCUAUUGAACCAGUCCCGGACAAAGUCCUUGCAUUCACCAUCGCUGGUCUCUCUCUUCCAAACUCGAAAUUUGAUGACAUCGACCGUGAAGAAGUUGCAGCGGCGCUGGGCUACACUGCUCAUGUCGUAUACUUGCUCUCCUUUUACCUUUCUGUAUGGAUCCCUUACCCCAUCAGUCCCAACCUGUCAACAUCCCUGAUUCAGGAUCCUGUCUCUCAAGACCUUCCUCAGCGUACCUUUCCGCUUUAUCCGGUCAGCGUGCAGUAUCGAUUCGAGUAUGCUGUCUUCCUUCUCAACAAGGAUAUUGAGUUCUUGCUGAACAGACAAGGCAUCCGGGGGCUGGACAUUCGGCACACACUUCCCAAUCUCAAGUAUCUGUUCUAUAUUCUUACUGCCCAAACGCGCGACAUUCCUGCUCGGAAAGCAGGUGGCAUUCGUGGCCUCCUCACCGGCAGACUUACGCCUAGCAUGUCUCGUCGAGGAAGUCUCGACAGCACUGUCUCAGGGGAGGUGGCUCAGCCACGAAAGGCUCAUGAUAUGAUUCUCCGCAUGAACGGUCUCGCGCUGAGCGCGGAUGGAAAUACAGCAAAUGGAGGUUCUGUUGUACACUAG